CAUCAUGCAGUAGACACUGAUCCCUGCCUGCGGGGUUUGCAAAUUAGCUGCCAUCUCGGCAAUAAAGGUAGGCCAAGUAUGAGCAAAAGUAUUUGAAGCCAGAUGGCCUCGCUUUUUGCUUUCAACUACAUUCAUUGAGUAACUCACGACUUUUGUGCUGACACUCAUGGUCCAUCCGAUAUUUUUGCUGGUAAUAUUACUGCCUGCCGUUGCGCAGUGCAGCAGGCUUGAUAAAAGACAGACUCCAGUGGAAAACGAAGCCCUAGGAACACCAAACCUUGUCCACAAUGGAAGCUUCACCGACGGAACUCCCGGAUGGACCGUCGAACCCCCUGGGUUCAUCCGCGAAGGAAUGCUCUGUGUCGUGGUACCUGCCGGUACUGCUCCGAAGGCGAGCUAUAUCGAGACAACGCAGAACUUUACCCAAGUCAAAAAUGAUAUCUACUACUUGAACUUUACUGCCUCAGCAUCUCAUGCCACCAAUCUAUGGAUUCAGACUAAUGGCUAUGAUCCAUCUGCAGGUGGUGCUCCUGUCGAUCCCAAUCUGAACACCACACAAGUGCCCUUGACAACAUCCCUACAACCAUUCUCGUUCCAUUUCUCACCUGCUAACCAGGAGAACAACUCUACACUCACAUUCUUUCUCGGAGGAAGCAACUUCACAAACGAGAUCUGUCUCGGCGAUAUAAGUCUGCAUCGCAUCAACCGCCUGCCAUACCACCAAGAUGUAGGACCCGCGAUCAAGGUCAAUCAGCAUGGCUAUCUGCCAAACGGUCCGAAAAUUGCCACUGUCAUGUCGCAGAGCGACUCAUCUCUGUCCUGGAAUCUGCUGAACAGCCAUGGUACUCUGGUCAUGUCCGGUCAGACGCAUCCUUUCGGAAACGAUACAGGGUCGGGCAGAAACGUCCACACAAUCGACUUUACAAACCACACCAAGCAAGGCUCUGGAUAUACUUUGGAAGUAGCCGGAGAAGUCAGCUACCCCUUCGCUAUAAGUUCCACAUUGUAUACGUCACUCCGCCAGGACUCAAUGGAGUUCUUUUACCAGCAACGAAGUGGUAUUGCGAUCGAUGCUGAACUCGUGGGAUACCAAUAUGCUCGUCCAGCUGGUCAUAUCAAUGUAUUCCCGAACCAGGGUGAUGUCGUGACACCUUGUCAAUAUGAAUGGGAGUCAAAUGUCACCUACCUCGAGCCAUGGACAUGCAAUUACACUUUGGAUGUCAGUCAAGGGUGGUACGAUGCUGGCGAUCUGGGAAAGUAUGUCGUCAACGGAGGCAUAUCUACUGCCCAAAUAUUGAUGGCCUACGAACGAUCAUUAUACGCCCCGAACAAUUCAUCGAACUUACUUGGCGAUGGAUUUCUGAGAAUCCCAGAAAGGUCAAAUGGCUAUCCCGAUUUCCUCGAUGAAGCACGCUGGGAGAUGGAGUUUAUGCUCAAGAUGCAAGUUCCGCAGAACUCUCCACCGCAGCUCCUUAACGGUAUAUAUAUUGACAUGUCGGGUAUGGGAGCUUCACCGCCCCUCCACAGCCGCAACACUGAACAUGGUAGCUACCGCAGCUAUGAGCGCAAGAUUUGGGCCAAGUUCGACUCUGCCUUUGCUCAGAGAUGUCUUGAUGCCGCUCGCGUUGGUUAUGCAGCUGCAAAAGCCAAUCCUGCGAUAUAUGCCCCAGGCACAGAUUGGGACCUUGGUGGCGGUGCCUACAGCGAUGACGAUGUGAGAGACGAGUUCUACUGGGCAGCUGCAGAACUGUACAUCACGACUUCAGAGGCCGAGUUCGAAAACGAUGUCAUCUCGAACUACUAUCACACGGCUAAUGUGUCAACUCUGUUUCCCCAAGGUGGAUUUGGAUGGUCAUCCAUGCAAACACUUGCACAGUUGGAUCUCGCUGCUGUCCCCAACAACGUUACUGGAAGAGAUGCUAUUAUCGAGUCUGUAAUGGCUGGUGCUGAACAGUAUAUGGCAGUUCAAACAACACAGCCUACUGGAGUCUUCAUUACAUCCUACCCAUGGGGCAGCAACAGCAAUCAACUCAAUUGCAUCCAAGUAGUCGCAACUGCAUACGACAUCUCUCGCAACACCACCUACCGCACCUCAGCCUUGUUAGGCAUGGACUACAUCUUCGGCCGCAACGCUCUCUCGCAAUCCUACGUUCACGACUACGGUACCAAGACUUCAAGCAACAUGCAUUCUCGUCUCUUCGCCAAUGAGCUUUCUCGCCUGAUCCCUCAGAACCCAAUUGUGCCUUCGCCUCCCAAAGGAGCAAUGGCCGGUGGAGCAAACGAGAGUCCAGAUGACCCACCUGCCAAUGAUGUUUUGAAGAAUUGUGUAGGACAGCUCUGUUAUGUGGAUGAUGUGAAUAGUUAUAGCACCAACGAGGUGGCUAUCAACUGGGGAAGUGCGUUGGCUUGGGUUGCUAGCUGGGCUGCUGACCAGUAA